UUUGUGAGUGUAUUUGUGUUAACAGUGAAAUAUAAACCAAACAGUGAAUAACCAUGUCUGACGCCGCCGUUGUUGAAGCCACCGCCUCCCCAGUUGCCGCUGUUGAGAAAAAGGCACCAAAAAAAGCCGCUGCCAAAGCAAAGAAGCCAUCAGCUGCCCCUACCCACCCUCCAACCCAGCAAAUGGUUGAUGCCGCCAUCAAGACCCUGAAGGAACGUGGAGGUUCAUCAUUGCCCGCCAUCAAGAAAUACUUGGCCAGCACCUACAAAGUAGAUGCCCAAAAAUUGGCCCCCUUCAUCAAGAAGUACUUGAAAGGUGCCGUUGCCAGUGGAAAAUUGAUCCAAACUAAAGGUAAGGGUGCUUCUGGUUCAUUCAAAUUGUCUGCUUCGGCCUCUAAGGAACCCAAAGCUAAGACUGCUGAAAAGAAGAAGAAGGCCCCAGCCGCUGGUGACAAAAAGAAGAAGGCUGCCGCCCCUAAAAAGGCCGCUGGUGAGAAGAAGGCAGCUGCCAAAAAACCCUCUGCCGCCAAGAAGACCGCUGAAAAGAAGAAGGCCGACAAAACAAAGGCAAAGGCUGCCAAGAAAACCGGUACAGUUAAAGCUAAACCAGCAAAGACCGCCGCCAAAGCAUCUGCCACUAAACCAAAGGCACCCAAGGCAAAAACUGCAGCUGCUAAGCCCAAAAAGGCCGCAGCAGCAAAGAAGCCAGCUGCUAAGAAAACCGCCGCCAAGAAGUAAUUUUUCCCAGAAAGAUUACUUUUUCCACAAUAUUUUCGAUAUUCGAAAACAUACUAUCUAACAGCCCUUUUCAGGGCUACAAAUUAAAUUAAAAAAGAGAAAAAUAUUUAUUUUCAACAGUUAUCGUAUAUAUUUGUUACCUAAAAAAAAAUUGUACACGUGUUUGAAAAAAUUACUUUCGCUAAUUACUGUUCUUAUUAGGUAAUUUUAUUGAGCCAAUAUAAU